AUGCUGGGCUUGUACGCAUGCCUUUUUCAGCACUUCGAGAUUCUUUUCCCUGGUUUCACUGAUUGGCUUUUAGCUUUUCGGCCUGCUUCUAGGUCCGUCCCAAUGUUGAGUUUCUUGAUUGGUCCUAGAUAUGUAGAUAUUCAGAGGACGAAAGAGAGUCUACACAACUACGUAGCUCGGUUCAACGAGGAAAAGCUGCAGGUAGAAGGCCUUACAGACACUGUAUCUCUGCUAGCCUUCAUGUCCGGCGUCAGGGAUGAGCAUUUGUCAUUUUCGUUCAGAAAGAAAACACCGAGUACCUUCUCGGAGGAGCUGAGCCGAGCUCAGAGGUACAUGAGCGCUGGUGAGUUCUUUUACUCAAAAAGGGAGCCAGACGAAAAGCGAACCGACCAAAAGAGGGAGAGGUCGGGAGAUAAACCACCGAGGUCGAGAUGGGAGAAGAGGGAUCGGAGUAGCCAGAAAGAUCCACCCCAAAAAUUUGAAAAGUAUACCCCGACCACCGUUCCACUCGAGCAAGAUCACGGCCAUGCAACUCAGGAUUGUUUUGAUCUCAAGGAAGAGGUGAAAGGGCUAAUCCGAAUGGGCUACCUCAAAGAGUAUGUAGAGGACUCUAAAGCGACACAAAACGGCGAAAGCGACAAGUCCCCUGCUCGAGAGAUUCGAACUAUAAUAGGAGGCCUAAUAGAGAGAGAAUCUGGGAGAAAAAUAAAGGCAGAUGUGCRAGAAGCUAGGGCGAACCGCAAACAAAAUGAGGUCUACCACGCGUGUAUUACAGACCGGCUGGUGACGAUCGAGUUUUCAGAGGACGAGGCGACUCACUUCCUCCACCCUCAUAAUGAUGCACUGGUUAUCGCUUUGAAGAUAGCAAAUGUGAAAGUACAUCGAAUUUUGGUGGAUGGGGGCAGCUCGGCAGAUAUCAUCUCCUAG